AUGUCUGUUGAAGUUGCUAAACCAAUUGAAAUCGCUGAACAAGCUGAGAAAGUCAAGGAAUCUGAACCAGUUUUCACUCCUGCUCCAGUUCCAACCUCAUCUCCAUGGAAAUCUGUUUCAUCUGAUAUUCCUGUUACUGAAAUUACUUUGGAUUUCAGUGAUAACAAUAGAAAGAGAAAUGUCCCAGCCAUGAAAUCUUCUAAUGCUACUAAAUGGGUUCCAAUUAAAGCUUCUAUCGUGAUAUCAGGUUCUAAAUCUAUGAAUAACGGCAAUAACAAUCAUAGAAGAAACGCUACUAAGAGUGCUAAGAACAGAAAUAACAAAUCUAAGAAUGUUACAAAAAAAGUUCAGCAGCAAAAGGAUGCAGACGUAUCAGAUGAAUCUAAGGAUGGUGACAACUCUAAUACCAACGGUGUCAAGUCCGAAAAGAACGAUGGUAAAAGAUUGAAUAACAACAACGGCAACAAUUUUCAAAAGAAGAAGUUCUACAACCGUAAUGGAAACCAACAAAGACGUCAACUAAAUAAUAACAUCUCUCGUAAUGACCAAUUUAACAGAUCAUCUAAUACCCAAAACUCUUUACCACCUGCUUUCAUCGCAGUUAAUAAUGUUGCGGCUCAAGUUGAAUAUUACUUCAGUGAAGAAAACUUGUCAAAGGACACAUUUCUAAAAUCCAAGAUGUCUAAAAAUGGGUUGGUUCCAUUGUCUCUAAUUUCCCAAUUCUACCGUGUUGUCAAUAUGUCAUUUGGUGGUGACCACAACUUAAUCUUAGCUGCCGCCAGAGAAAUCGUCGCUAAUGAAAAUGCAACCGUUGAAAUUGUAACUGGUAAGAUUGAAUCUUCUGAAGAAACUGAAUCCAACUUGUUAAGUAAAUAUUUUGUUCGUUCAAAGAACUGGUCUUCUCACAUCCCUGAUGAAUCAGCUUCUGAUGUCGAAAUUGAAGAUGUCCUGGUCGGUGAUGUAAUGGAUGCCUUUAGAAUCUCUUUUGUCCCACCUACUGAAGAUGCUCCAUCAAACUAA